AUGUCUCAAUUAAUCGCCUCAACGGGCGCAUCUCGCAGGCUCAACAACCCCAUGAACCUUUUAGAAGAGAAAUAUGACAUAAUUAUUAUCGGUUCUGGAGCGGCCGGUCUCGUCGCAGCACUUCGGGCCCACUAUCACGGCCUUCAUCCCCUCCUCGUCGAGAAGUCUUCCCACAUCGGCGGCGCAUCAGCCGUUUCAGGCGGCGCCGUUUGGAUUCCUAACAACCACCUCGGUCAGCGUGCCGGUAUCGAAGACAGCAUUCCCAAUGCUCUCAAAUACCUGGAGACAAUCAUCGAUGAUGUCGGGCCCGCCUCAUCUCGAGAACGCAAGAUGGCUUUCCUGACUCAAGGGCCGAUGAUGGUAAAGUGGCUUGAGAAUGAGGACUUCAAUUGGGUGCACUGUGCCGGGUAUCCAGACUACUAUGUUGAGAGGGAUGGUGGUGCUGUGGGUAGGACUAUUGAGGGGAAUGUGUUUGACUUGAAGCAACUGGGGGAUUGGCAGGAUCUCCUGACGAACCGGAAGGCUGCGGGUGCUUUUGCGAUGCACACGUAUGAGUACCGGUGCGUGGUGAACUUCAAGCGGACUUGGGAGGCAUUCGGUACCUUCCUACUCGUCAUGCUCAGAACUUUCUUCUGGAAGUUCUGGGGAUGCCUGCCAGUCACCCUAGGUAUAUCUCUGGUGGCUCAGCUGCUGUAUCUUGUUAAGCUGCGUGGAAUCGAGGUAUGGCUAGGAUGGCCGAUGGUCAAACUCCAUGUUGAGGAUAGUAUCGUUGCAGGUGUCGUGGUCAAGAAGGACGGAAUUGAUACACUAAUCCGUGCCAAGCGAGGCCUGGUACUUUGUGCAGGAGGUUUUGCAAAGAAUGACACAAUGCGUCAAGAGCAUACAAAGGGGCCCAUUUCCAAUAAAUGGACAUCAGUCCCAGACGGAGACAUGGGUGAUGCGAUCAAAGCUGGUCAAGAGGUAGGUGGAGCUGUCACUCUCCUGGACGAUGCAUGGUGGGGUCCAACAUUCGUCAAUCCUGCAAGCGGCGAGACUCACUUCGCACUCGCCGAACGCUCUCUACCACACUCAAUCAUCGUCGAUUCUCAGGGCGCAAGAUUCAUGAAUGAGGCUCAAUCAUAUGUUGACUGUGGCCAUGCCCAAUAUGAACGGCACCAAACGGUCCCUGCCAUACCAGCGUGGCUCAUCUUCGACUCCCAGCACCGUAAGAAGUACAUGCUCUGGGGCAAUCCUCCUGGAAAGACACCGGAGGAAGCUUUCUCUUCUGGUUUGAUCACUAAAGGUGCCACUAUUUCCGAAUUGGCUGGAAAGAUAAAGAUUGAUGCCCAAAAUUUGGUCUCAACAGUUCAUCGCUUCAACUCUAUGGCAUCUACAGGGAAGGACGAGGACUUCAAUCGUGGUAACUACAUCUAUGAUCGAUAUUUCGGUGAUUCUAGCUUCAAACCAAACCCGAAUCUCGGAACUCUGGUCGAAGCUCCAUUUUAUGCUAUGCAAGUCUGGCCUGGGGAUCUUGGUACUAAAGGCGGCCUACUGACGGAUGAAUAUGGGAGAGUCCUUCGAGAGGACGGUACACCGAUCCCAGGCCUGUAUGCCGCAGGUAACAGUUCUGCAUCUGUCAUGGGUCGGACGUAUCCUGGUGCUGGAGGAACACUUGGUCCAGCAAUGACAUUCGCCUUCGCUGCUAUAGACCAUAUUGCAGCGAGCAAGUGA